AAUUAUCGAAUUAGGUUCCGCUAGCUGCGUUUCCAAACAAACCGUGAAGGAAAAAAAUGGUGCGAAAUUGAGAGACUGGGAUCGUAUGAUUUAUUUCCAGGGAAAAAAUUUCCAGGCAUCGAAUCACGAGAUUCAUUCCUUCAGAAAACCCGAUCCGACAGAAGAAAGUAGACGACGAAAGAAUCGGAAUGUUGCUUGCCGUGCUGAUCGCCAACUCCGUCGGCAACAUUCUCGUCGAACGGUUUCAUGGAGUUCCAGCGGAGGAGCGAUUGCAUUGGCGAUCCUUUUUAGUGAAAUUGGGGGCUGAUAAUCUCAAAGGUGCUAAAAAUGAAGAGCUAUAUGUUGCUUCACACAAAUCUGUAUACAUAGUUUACACCGUGCUUGGCGAUGUUGCAGUUUAUGUUGUUGGGAAGGACGAGUACGAUGAAUUAGCUUUGGCAGAAGUCAUCUUUGUGAUAACAUCAUCGAUAAAGGAUGCCUGUGGGAAAGCUCCAACUGAGCGUUUGUUUCUUGACAAAUAUGGAAAGAUUUGUUUAUGUCUCGAUGAGAUCGUCUGGACGGGCAUCUUGGAGAACACGGAAAAAGAUAGGAUCAAGAGGCUGAUAAGGUUGAAGCCUCCCACUGAGUUUUGAUUAAUGAAACGGUUGCUUCUCCUCUCAAUCAUGCACAUCAACGCCAGAGCUUCAGCUGUGUAAUCAUGGCGAUUGAUAAGUUUACUGUACUUUCUAUUCUAUUUGGUGCAAUAUUAUUCUUCAUGGGACCCUGUUCGGUUUGUAAGUUAGAACACAAAGUUGUGGAAAAAAAAAAAGUUCAAGGGAUUGUUUGGAUUUGGAUUAAGAAUUGCAUGCGGGUAGAAAGUUUGAGAAUACAGACUAUAUUAUUUGUUUCCCAUAGAAUGGGGUGGGUGUGGGAUUAUCACGUAUAAUGGCAGUUGAGAACCAAGGAUUAGUGGUUUGGAGUAGUAUUCUUGUAUGGUAAAACUAUUAUUACUAUGCUCAGUACCAUUGAUUUUUGUUAUUGCUCUGAA